UGAUCCUUCCCCCUGCCCUGCCUCCACUGGGCCGGGUGGCUGCUGCCCUGAUGGCCCCUUCCCUGUGCCUGAUCCUCUCCGCUGAUGAACUCUGCAAGAGGUGACCUUGCCCUGGCUCUGGGGCAGAGCCCAGGGCCAUCCCAUGGGUCCAGCUCUGCAGGGCGCCUCUCGUUCGAGUCACAGCCUAGCCUGGCAGCGCCCCUGCGAAUGGGAGGCGCACACCUGUUGCCGACGGGCGCUGGUGGUGAGAGCUGGGAAAGGAUGAAGACACUGUUUGAGGAGAUCAAAGCAUCAAUUAAAAAUAAUUAUGAUCCAGAUCGCUCAUUUUGGAGGCCUGUGCUCCCUUGGGGAGGGGUUUUUACUAUCAAAGCCGGCCGGAAAGCUGUAUCUUGCACACCACUUUAUGUUGAAAUAAAUCUGAAAAAUACUUGCACUAUAGAUGGAUUCUUGAUGUUGUUGUAUGUCAUUCUGCAUGAAAAUGAACACUUCCCCAAGGAGCUCUCCCUUCAUUUAGGUAGAGAGUUUGUCGACUACUUUCUUUACUUAAUGGACUCCUAUAAUUUUACAACGGUGAAGCUGCUUUGGAUUUGGGACAAGAUGGAGAAGCGACAGUAUAAAUCUGAAGUUCACAAAGCUUCACUGGAAAUCGAUUUAUUUGGAAAUGAGCACGAUAACUUUACAAAGAAUCUAGAAAGUCUCAUGUCUACCAUUCAAGAGAGCUACUGUUCAAAUUCAAGUUGUCCAACUCGUAUGCAGGAAGAUCUGCAGAGAACAAUUAACAUAAAUCCUCCCCAAGAAAUUCCUCAUGGAGACUUGAUUCAGCGGGCAGUAGAUGAAUUAUUCUGUUCCAAGAUAGAGCUGUGUGAACAGUAUGGGUGUGAUGGGUUAAGAGAGUUCACGCAGAGAGUUUUCUACCAUGGGGCACCACCUUUUGUUGUUUUAAAUAUGCAGCAAUGGAAGCCAGAAGAACUGGCAUACGUACCAUAUCAUUUGGAUUUAUCUGAUCACAACAUGCCUGACCAGGAGACCGUGAAGGGUGAUGUGACUGUCAUAGAGGAGCAAGGAAGGAGACUGAGCUCCCCCUUCCCUAUUUACCCACAAGAUUCACAACCGAGCCCCCCAGGUACUUAUUGGAAGGUGCCACAUUGUUUAAUAAAGAGGAGCAUCAUUAUUCUGCAGCUUUCCAGAUUGAUGGGUAUUGGAUACACUAUGAUGGCCUCAGAAAUGUCAACUUAAUUUUGUUAAAUAAACCCCCAGAAUUUCUUCUUUUGUCAUCUCUAGUUUAUAUUAGAGCAGCAGAGAAUAAAUGACAUAUCUAGACUAUGGAUACAAAGUUAAAUCACGUUCCCUUCUCUGCCACCAAUGCUGGCCCAUCCCAAAUGGAGGUCUAUAUUUUAUGUAUACUUGGUAUCCAAGAAAAGAGUAGAACUACAGUAGUUCUGGUAUUGUAUCAUCCAAUGCUUACUAUAGGUAAAAAAUUGAAAUUGGAAACACUAUGCAAUUUUUUAAAACAUUUAUUGAGCUAUUUUUAUACAGGCAAAUUUUUAUGCUACAAUAAAAAAGCAAAAACCAAGAAUGGUUGUAU